CAUAUAUGGUCAAAGCCACAGGGAGACGUCGCAGCUGGGCGCUCGGCUGAGGCUUCCGGGUUUGAAUCGCUGGGCGGCCGGGAGCAGAGGCUCAUCCAUAGACACUCCGUGCAGGCUCCGUACUCGCAGCAAGAUGCCCUAUGAGCUGAAACAUGUGUUUGCCAGCCUUCCUCAGACGGAGAGAGGGGUGGCCAAGGUGCUCGGAGGAGACCCCAAGGGCAACAACUUUCUGUACACGAAUGGAAAAUGUGUGAUCAUCAGGAAUAUAGAGAACCCGGCCAUUGCAGAUGUCUACACCGAGCAUGCCCACCAGGUGGUUGUGGCCAAGUACGCUCCCAGUGGGUUCUACAUUGCAUCUGGAGAUAUCACUGGUAAGCUAAGAAUAUGGGAUACCACGCAGAAGGAGCAUCUCCUGAAGUAUGAGUACCAGCCGUUUGUGGGGAAGGUUAAGGACAUCGCCUGGACAGAGGACAGCAAGAGGCUUGCCGUGGUCGGGGAAGGAAGAGAAAAGUUCGGCUCUGUGUUUCUCUGGGACACCGGCUCCUCAGUGGGUGAAAUCUCUGGACACAUUAAAGCAAUUAACAGCGUGGACAUCAAGCAGACCCGGCCCUAUCGUCUGGUGACCGGCAGCGAUGACAACUUCUCGGCUUUCUUCGAGGGACCACCGUUUAAGUUCCAGUUUACAAUUGGCGACCACAGCCGUUUUGUUAACUGUGUGCGAUUUUCACCCGAUGGCAACAGAUUUGCAACUGCCAGUGCAGAUGGCCAGAUUUUCCUGUAUGAUGGAAAAACGGCAGAAAAAAUCUGCUCUCUUGGAGGUGGAAAAGCGCACGAUGGAGGAGUUUAUGCAAUUAGCUGGAGUGCUGACAGCACCCAACUCCUUUCUGCAUCUGGGGACAAAACUGCUAAAAUCUGGGAUGUUGCCGCUAACUCAGCAGUCACCACGUUUAGGCUGGGGACAGACACGCUCGAUCAGCAGCUGGGAUGCUUGUGGCAGAAGAAUCACCUGCUGACUGUUUCUCUGUCUGGCUACAUCAACUAUUUGGACAAGAAUAACCCAGACAGACCCCUCCGUGUGAUCAAGGGUCACAGCAAGUCAAUCCAGUGCAUGACCGUCCACAGAAACGAUGGGCGGCCCACCAUUUAUACAGGAAGCCAUGAUGGACAUAUCAAUUAUUUUGAUGCUGAGACGGGGGAGAACGACACCUUUUCCGGUAAAGGCCACACAAACCAGGUGUCCAGUAUGGCUAUUGACGGCUCCAACCAGCUAGUCACUUGCAGCAUGGACGAUACAGUGCGUUUCACUAGCAUCACGGACAAAGACUACAGCCCCCAGAAUUCUGUGAAAUUGGAUGUCCAACCAAAGAGCGUGGCUGUCGGUACUGGAGGGUACACCGUCGCCGUGUGCAUUGGCCAGAUUGCGCUGCUAAAGGACAAGAGAAAGGUUUCAGUCAUUGAUUCUCUGGACUAUGAACCGGAAACUGUCGCCAUUCACCCAGGCUCUGGGGACGUUGCAGUCGGCGGUGCGGACGGCAAUGUCCAUCUGUAUUCCAUUCAAGGAAACUCUCUGAAGGACGAGGGGAAGACUCUACCGGUUAAGGCUGCUGUCACCAGCCUCGCCUAUUCCAACGAUGGUGCCUUUCUUGCUGCUACUGAUGUGAACAGGGGUGUCACAGUCUUCACUGUUGCUGAUGGAUAUGCGGAGAAGGACCGCUAUUAUGGGCACCAUGCAAAGGUAGUCUGUGUGGCCUGGUCACCCGACAAUGAACAUUUUGCCACUGGGGGUAUGGAUAUGAUGGUUUUUGUAUGGACCGUGAGUGAUUCAGAUAAGCAGCUCAAAAUGCCAGAUACCCAUCGACUACACCACGUCAGCGGUUUGGCUUGGCUGGACGAGCACACACUGGCCACCGUGUCCCACGAUGCUUGUGUCAAACAAUGGACAGUCACCUACAAAUGAGCACCGAGUAUAUGCUGGCAGGACAUAGCUAGGACUACUGCAAUUGGAAAUUCUAUUAAAAAAAAAAAAAUUAUAUAUAUAUUUCUGUUCUAUGCUCCGUGGUUACGUGGCUGCAUUCUCAUUCUGCAGACAUAAAUGGUGUGUCUGUCUAUAACCCAUGUACUUUCAAAAAAAAAAAAAAAAAAAGCUUUAGUCAGUGACUGCUUGCAGAUGAAUAGCACUUACAUGUCAGAUUCUAUCAUUGACAUUCCAGAGGUAACAGGCCAAAUGCUGUAGCACUCGCAGGAAGGUUGCAGGCGGGAGAGACUGUACUGUGCGCUGUACUUUCCGUAUCGGCUGCCAUGGUGACAAUAGUUGUGAUCUAUUUUUACAAUCCUGGUGUGCAUCUACUGUGUUUUCUUGCUCUGCUUGUCCAUGAAACUGUUGCCUCAAAAAAAACAAGUACCCUUCAGAUGAUAAC